AUGUUUGCAAAGGCAUUGAUACUCGGUCUUGCUUGUCUGCCAUCAUGGGCAAUCAACGUGCCCUCGACCCAGGAACGUCGCGGCUAUCCACUAGUUGGAUAUCUAGGGGCCUUCUUCUACGGACACGAUCCCUACGUGUAUCUCUACACGAGCUUGAAUAGCGAUCCGACCAACUUUACGGUUCUCAACGACGGAGAUCCAGUCAUUGUCCCAACCCUGGGAACCGGUGGUGUUCGAGACCCGACCAUCGUCCGCGGCAGGGGCACCGACCUUGGUAGCUAUUGGCUGCUUGGCACUGAUCUAGACAUCUCCAAGACAAACUGGGAUGAUGCCGAUCGCAUCGGAUCCCGGGCCAUGUUCAUCUGGCAAAGCGACGACCUUGUAACCUGGUCUGAUGAGAGAUUGGUCACAAUGGAGAAUGAGACUGCUGGAAUGGUGUACGCGCCUGAUGCUAUCUGGGAUGGGGACAAAAGUGUGUACCAUUCCAACUCGGAAUCCUUUAAUGAAGAUGAUCUAGAUCAUGAAGGUAGAUCAACAUCUUAUACCAUUCGAUAUUCAUAUACAACGGAUUUUGAGACCUUUACGGAUCCUCAAGACUGGUUUGGAGGAGGCAGACUUGACGCCAACCUUUUACAACUCGACGGCAGCUCCUAUGCUCGGUUUUACAAGAACCAAAGUGCUAGUCAGAUCUACCAACAAAUUUCCGCAAACGGUCUCCUUGGUGAUUGGUCAGAGGGCACUGCGGUCAUGGACGACAACACGGAAGGUCCUUAUGCAUUUUGGGACAAUGUCGAAUCGAACAAGGCGCAUCUCCUCCUUGACUACUAUUCUGGAGGCACAGGCUAUGUUGAUUUCGACAGUGAUUCCGUAGAGGAUGGAGUGUGGGAGCGCAACGAGGACAGCUCGAUACCAACAGGUCUCAGACAUGGUUCUGUACUUGCAAUCAACCAAGGGGAUCUUACAGCUUUGCAAAGAGCAUACUUGUAA